CGUUAAGGGGGCGUGCCUCUACGUCACGCAUACGAAAACAACCUCCCAUAUUUGGAAAGCUGGUUUCCUGCCAUUUUUCUUGCACAGUGACAAUGUGCUUACGACGCCUCGUGCAGCACACCGCCGGCUUUCCCGCCGUUCUCCGAGAGCGGGACCGAGUGUGCAAGUUGGCGGGUCUGACAGUCCGAUACCAGAGCACCAAAACCGCCCCUCAGCUACCGAGAAUGGACUACCAGGACGCAAUUUAUACCCUGAACACACUCCAGACCAACGCCAGUGCUCUGGAGCAGGUACGAAAAGAGAGAAGCCACCCUCAGGCGCAGCUGCAGGCCAUGAGGAGCUACCUGGAGCGAGCCAGCCUCACGGAUGAAGCUCUAGACCACCUCAAUAUCAUCCAUGUGACCGGAACAAAGGGCAAGGGAUCCACGUGCGCGUUCACUGAGAGAAUUUUGAGAGGCUACGGCUUCCGCACGGGAUUUUACAGCUCUCCGCAUUUGGUACAAGUCAGAGAAAGGAUCAGGAUCAAUGGGCAGCCCAUUGGAAAAGACCUCUUUACUAAAUACUUCUGGCAGGUUUACAGACAGCUUGAUGAAACAAAGGAUGCUCAUGGGGGGGCAAUGCCAGCGUACUUCCGAUUCCUCACCAUCUUAGCGUUCCACAUCUUUCUUCAAGAAAAGCCUGGAGUUCCUGCCUUCACAGUCAAACAACCAGAAGAUGCAAUGGCUGUGCUCAGAGAUAGAGCCAAAGAAAUCAAAUGUCCACUGUGGGUGUGUCCGGAGCUGGAGCGCUAUCAGACGGAGCCUUUGUGUCUCGGCCUGGCGGGACAACACCAGCGAUUGAACGCUUCCCUGGCCCUGCAGCUGAAUAAAAGCUUUCCCACCACCAAUCUUGAGAACAGCAGUUUACCUCGGGCAUCUUCCUUCAAGCUCAGCCCCUUCAUGGUGAAAGGGCUUGCAGAAACGGAGUGGCCCGGCAGAAAUCAGACCCUGAAACACGGAGCGCUCACCUACUUUCUGGAUGGAGCUCACACCAUGCGAAGUAUGCAGGCCUGUGUGCAGUGGUUCAGGGAGGCUGCUGCUCAGCAUGAGAGAAAUGCCAGUGGACCUGUGGCUCGAGUCCUGCUGUUCAACGCUACGGGAGAGAGGGACUCUGCUGCCAUGCUCAAGCUGCUGGUGCCGUGCCGUUUUGAUUUUGCCGUCUUCUGCCCAAACAUCACCGAGGCCAUCGACUCCUGUAACGCAGACCAGCAGAACUUCAACGUGUCGGUGGAGAACAUGCUGACCCGCUGCCUGGACAACGAGAGCAGCUGGCACCUGCACACGGGCCGGGGGGGCCGCCCGGGCACGGAGCUGCACAUCGCCCGGGGCCUGCUGCCGGCCCCCGAGAGGAGGGCCGACUCGCUGGUCUUCCCCUGCAUCCUCAGCGCCCUGCAGUGGAUCGCGCAGGGCAGAGACUCCGUGCUGGGGGACGCUGCCGGGAACGCCCCCGCGGCCAAACCGAGCGCGGCGGCCAGAGCCGGCCCUCUCCGGGAGGCCGCCCACAUCCACGUCCUGGUCACCGGCAGCCUCCACCUAGUGGGGGGCGUUCUCAAACACCUGGAUCCGGAGUCGUCCAACUCACCACAUUUGGUACAAAUCAGGGAGAGAAUCCGAAUCAACGGGCAGCCCAUUGGAAAAGAGCUCUUUGCCAAAUACUUCUUUGAGGUUUUUGGACGACUUGAGAAAACUAAGGAUGCUCACAAAGGGACAAUGCCUUCAUACUUUGGCUUUCUUACAAUCUUGGCCUUCCAUGUCUUCCUUGAGGAGAAGCCCGGGGUUCCGGCCUUCACCGUCAGACAGCCAGGAGACGCACUGGCUGUGCUCCACGACAGGGCCAAAGAGAUUCAGUGUCCUCUGUGGGUGUGCCCCCCACUGGAGGACUACCAGGCGGGAGGUGGACCUCUGAACCUGAGCCUGACGGGGCAGCACCAGCGCCUGAACGCAUCCCUCGCUCUUCAGCUGAGUUCCACUUGGCUCCAGAAAAAAUCUGAACUGGGGUUAGCAGACACCCACUGGCCCGGCAGAGGACAAACUCUGAAACGUGGGGCGGUCACCUACUUCUUGGAUGGAGCUCACACCAUGCUAAGUAUUCAGGCCUGUGUACGGUGGUUCGAGGAAGCUACAGCCCAGCAUGAGAGAAAUACAAGUGGAUCUACGGCCAGAGUGUUGCUGUUUACAGUCACUGGUCAGAGGGAUUCGGCUCCCAUGCUAAAGCUGCUGUUGCCAUGUGGUUUUGACUUUGCUGUUUUCUGCCCAAUCAUCCCAGAUGCAACUGCCCCUUUCACUACAGACCAGAUGAAAACUAAUGAGCCAGUGGAAGACAUGCUGGCUCGGUGCUCGUACAGUGAGGAGAGCUGGCGCCUCCAUAGCGGUCAGGGUGCACAGGGGGGGCUGCUGGUGACCCCUGAAAAGAAAGCAGACACCCUGAUCUUCCCCUGCAUCCUCAGCGCCCUCCAGUGGAUCACCCAGGGCAGAGAUUCUGUGCUGGAGGCCAACCACGUCUUUCCAGCUGAGCCCAGCAUCACGGCCAAAGCUGCUCCACUCCGGGAAGCAACCUCGAUCCACGUGCUUGUGACAGGAAGCCUCUAUCUGGUGGGAGGAGUUCUCAAGCACCUCCAUCCAUUACCAUAAGUAUAACCAUGGUUACCUGAUAGAUUCUGCUAGUUUUCAUCACCCAGAAACGAAGAUAUUAAUUGUCAGUCCAGCAUUAGGCUUGAUAAAACAUUAAUUAUUGUGGGCUUGCUUGCAAUAAAUAAAUACUUUAAAAUAAAACCUACACUGUGUUUGUGUCAAAUAAAAAAACGGCUUUUUUGCAUAAUUCCUAUGCUUUUUUUUUUUUUUUCAUAGUAAGCAUUUCUAUGCUUACUACGUCACGAUCAAUUUAGUGUUUGUGUUUAUCGCCUUUUUCCAACAUUAUCUUAGUUAAAAAUUAAAUAAUGACUAACUUUAAUUUAAGAAAUCAGAGAGGAUAACAACGAUUUAUUCAGCAUGGUUUGUUUGGCUCAUUAAGUGGCUGACGUUUGUUUUAUCCAAUAGCGACAGAGAUUGUUGAACGAGGGCUCCAAACUUAACCAAUGGGAUUUCAAUAGGCGGGGUUCCUUGCGUGGCUAACGUAAGCGUUGCCACUAGGAAGAAGAAGCCGAUUCUGGAAGCCAUUACGUUGCGCACUUUAAUUGAGUAAAUCCUACUAUUUUUGCGUACAAUACGCACAAUUACCUCUGUUCAAGAGGGUUUUCUUGAGUUAUGGCAUCCGCUGCAAAAAAGAGAAAAAUGAAUUUUUCGGAGAGGGAGGUGGAAAUUAUUGUAGAAGAAAUUGAGAAACAAAAGCACACACUGGUUAACCACUUCAAUGCUGGCGUCACCCAUAUGGCAAAGAAUAACGCGUGGGUGGAUAUUUUGAAAAAGGUUAACGCUGUCACCACCUGUCCCAGAGAGCUGCCGGAGGUGAAAAAGAAGUGGUCGGACAUGAAGACGGAGGUCCGGCGGAAAGUAGCCCAGGCGCGAGCCGCUAUUGAGGGGACGUCCGCCGACUGCACUCCUGUCCCUGUCAUCCUCACUGCCAUGCAGCAGAGGAUCUGUAACCUGCUGGGGGAGGCCACCAUCAUCAGCCUGCCCGCGGGAGACUCGGACGCUGAGAUAACUUUGCCGGUUACGGUCAACGCGGCCGCCACCGUCACGCUAACAGACGCUCUUCCAACGGUUCCAGGGACAGUGUGUGAUGACACAAAGCCACUGAGCGCAGAGACGACGUACCACGCCCUGGAGGACGGCGGCGUGGUGGAGUACUGCACCACGGUGAGCGACUCCACGCCCACGGUGGUGGCGGCGGUGGAGGCCCCGGUGGAGAUGCUGGCCUCGUCCUCGGCCUCCUCGCCGCCGCCGCCGCCGC